AUGACGUUACCUGUGAUUUUUAUCACUAAAUUAAAAGUUGACGUUAUUGCAACUACUAUUUUGGACGACUAUGCGAUUUGCAAAGCCGGUGGUUUCGGUCGUGCUUUAUUGUUAUGUGAUGUUGAUGAUACGUUGGCUUUUCAUACCCAGCAAAAGCUGAUCUCGUUGCUAAAUGAUCUUCAGCGAAAGGUUAAGUGUAAUUGUGACAGUGGAUGCCAACGUUCGGAUGGCAAUGACAGGUAUAUCGGUGUUCUUCUCAUAACAAAUUCCACAAAAAUUGCUGACAGUGAUGAGCCAUUGAAUGAAACCGCCCAAAAGAUUUACUAUGAUGCGCAGCUGGGCAAUGUCCACUGCGACAAUGGACUUCUCAUUACUUACAUAAAGGAUAAAAAACAGUUAGCAACAUAUCACGGUGGCGAUUCUUAUAUUUUUUUGGAUACGGAUGAUCUAACAAAAUUGCACAAUCUAGCUAUCAAAAAUAAGCCAUCGGACGGUAUUAUCGCACUGCAAUACCUGUUAUCUAAUUAUAACGAUGCACGGAAAGCGGAAAUACAACGAGCUGAAACUUGGACGCCAAUUGUUGGACUCUUCUUGGCUCUUAUCAUUGUGUUAUUAAUCCUAGCAAUAUUAUUAACCUUAUUCUUGGCUCGAUUUUGUUGUUGUUGUGCAAGACGCAUCAAAGAUGAGGAUGAAAUGUAUCAGACAGGCACGAUAGGAGGAUCGAGAAAAAUAUUAAUUGCAACUCCCACACUCGAACGAAUCUAUGGAACACCGGGAGAUGCUAUUUAUAGCACUCCGUAUUCCGGAACUCCACUUCCACCCCCACAUUUGCCUGGUUUAAAGCCAGAAAUAUAUCCCGGGUCAUUACGAAGCUCAUCCAAGACCGCUACACCGGCAUCCAUUCAGAAACAUCGGAUAUUACCAUUGCAUUCCCCGAUUUCACGCGGUAUAUCUCCCAGCGGUACAUUAGUCAUCGGUCGAAUCAAUAGUAACAAAGUUGAUGAUUCAACUCAGACAAAUGGUAUUGCAUCAUUAGAAGAUAUAUUGAAAGAAAAACGACAGGAAUCUCCGAUUCAAGGAAGUACUCCGAUGAAGUCAGGUGGUAAUAUAUUGCUACCGCGAAUGGCUGAAACUUCCAGUGGUCAACGGUCUAUUGGUUAUCCGGAAUCAGAUUUAUCAUUCUUGGAUCCAAAACGGAAGCAAGAAGUGCAAACAUGUACCGAUUUUAUUUACUAA